AAAAACACUUUACACACUAACAAUUCACAUUCCUUAUGAUCUGUGACGUUGAUCCUGAUACGUUCAAAUGACCCUCGUAAACGUUUAAUCCAUAGCUGGGAUAAAGUAGAAUUCCAACUGGUAUUGUUUUGGGGUUUUUUUGUUUUGUUUUUUUUUAAAUAGUCUUUACAUAAUUCGUCCAUAAAAUAUCGGAAAUAUACGUAGAAUCCAAACAAUAGUGUUAGAAUUGUGUAAUAUGAACUGGAAAGUAUCAACAGAAAAUAAAAUCUGGGGGAAAAAACAACAAAAUCCUAAUUUUAUUUAUUUUUUCAUACGUCAGGUCAAUACCUUAAAAUGCUGACGUUAAUAUCAGAAAUAUUUAGAAUUGGGGCAAAACGUUACAACUGUCCUUCUUCAUCGAAAGCGCUUGUAUGAUUCGCGUCCUCUUCCGUAUUAAUCAGGUGACUUAUAACAAAUAAAUAUAAAAUGUGUUUUCUACUCUGAACUGUCUUACAGUGUUCUCAUUUUUCCUGCCGUCAUUGAACGCACCAUCAGCAGAUCAUCUGUUGGACAGGGAAACUCUAAACAGGAGCCAAGUCAAUACUUUUCCCCACUGUUAGCACAAGGCUAGUUCCAAGCUCCUGAAGUUAGUCGUUUAGUAGAUUCUUUAUUAAAAUAGAUAACGGACUAUAACAUGUACCAUGGACAGCAUCUCAGAGAUGUUAUAAGAAGAGUUUGCGGCGCUUAAACUAAGCUUCGUGUGUUUGUAGCUGAUUAUCAUUAGCUGCGGGUGGAAAAAUAAGUGCAGAAAAAUGGAGCUGGACGACGUUGACCUGUAUCAGGACGAUUCCGCAAACUCCACCGUCAUGUCCGAGCGGGUCACCGGACUGGCCAGUUCCAUUUACCGUGAAUUCGAGCGACUCAUUGAGAAGUAUGACGAGGACGUAGUGAAGCAGCUGAUGCCGCUGGUCGUAGCCGUGCUGGAGAACCUUGACUCGGUAUUCGCUGUCAACCAAGAGCACGAAGUGGAGCUGGAGCUGCUUAAGGAAGACAAUGAGCAGCUCGUUACCCAGUACGAACGAGAAAAAGCACUGAGAAAACACGCAGAGGAGAGAUACAUCGCAUUUGAGGAUUCCCAGGAUGGUGAGAAGAAAGACCUGCAGCGUCGAGUGGGGGGGCUGGAGUCUCACACACGUCAGCUGGAGCUGAAAACUAAAAACUAUGCAGAACAGAUCAGCAGACUGGAGGAGAGAGAGGCAGAGCUGAAGAAGGAGUACAACACUCUGCACCAGAGACACACUGAGAUGAUCCACAGCUACAUGGAGCACCUGGAGAGAACCAAACACCAACACAUGGUGACGCCGACCGAACCCCCAGACUCACUCAUAUCAGGCAGAACACGGAAGGAUCACCCCAUCUCUGUGGGCAUUUUCCAUCUCGCUGGCACUGAUGGUAUGACCCCUGACCUCCAGAGGGAGCCUGUGGACUCUCCGUCAGAACCGUGGAGAUUCAACAACCUCAGUCACCCGUGCUCUAACACCAGUCUCAAGGACGAGCUGGCUGGUUCCAAAUCCAGUACCUCCAACUCCACAGGCUCAGGUCCAGAUGGAGGAUCCUCUCAGGAUGGCGUCUCCAGACCAAACAGCAAAACAUCGUCUCACGUUGGACCAUCCAACUGUAAGACUUCUGCCUCUAGUCAGGCCAGUGGCACCACCACUGUUCAACCUGCCGUGUCUCCAGCAUCCGUGUCCACAGAGUCCAAGAAAAGAAAUCUUCAGGGACAAGAUGUCUCCGACAGGCUGAGCACAAAUCUGGACUCUAACGGUGGAAAACCAGAGUGCAAUAAGAACAUAGCAGCUGUGCAUGAUGGUCAGCAGACCCAGCAUGGACACGAGGGUCAGGAAUCCACCCCGACUCCUCUGGAAGACAGUGUGGAGAAAUCUGAGGUGCAGGCCAUCAUAGAGUCCACUCCUGAGCUGGACAUGGACUUCCAGUCCUGCAGAGGAACUAGCACACCAACUAAAGGUGGCGUGGAGAACAAAGUGUUUGAUCGUAACACCGACUCUCUGUUUGAAGAGCUGUCGUCUGCAGGAAACGACCUGAUAGGAGACGUGGAUGAAGGGGCCGACCUCCUGGGUAUGGGUCGUGAAGUAGAACAUCUGAUCCAGGAGAACACUCAGCUGCUGGAAACCAAAAAUGCCUUGAAUGUGGUGAAAAAUGACCUGAUCACUCGUGUGGACGAACUGUCCUGUGAAAACGAGGUUCUUCGUGGAGAACUGGACGCUGUCACUCAGACCAAGACCAAACUGGAAGAGAGGAACAGGGAAUUAGAGGAGGAACUCAAGAAGGUCAGGACAGAGCUGGAGGAAACCAGACAGAAAGUCAAAAAUGACAAUGAAGACGAGAGUGACGUUCCCACUGCUCAGAGGAAGCGCUUCACCAGGGUGGAGAUGGCCAGGGUCCUGAUGGAGAGGAACCAGUACAAGGAGCGGCUGAUGGAGCUGCAGGAGGCCGUCAGAUGGACUGAGAUGAUUCGGGCUUCAAAGGAGAAUCCAGCUCUUCAGGAAAAGAAGAAAUCCAGUCUUUGGCACUUUUUCAGCCGUCUGUUCAGCUCGUCCGGCGGAGCAGUCAAGAAGCCUUCGGGCGAAGCACCGGUGAACGUCAAGUACAACGCCCCCACCUCACAGAUCCAGCCGACGGUGAAGAAGAGGAGCAGCACUCUGCAGCAGCUGCCCAGCGACAAGAGCAAGGCCUUUGAUUUCCUCAAUGAUGAAGUGGGUGCUGACAAGGUGGUGUCCAGGCGAGAGCAGAAGAGAGAACAGUACAAACAGGUGAAAGCUCACGUCCAGAAGGAGGACGACAGAGUUCAGGCCUAUGGCUGGAGUCUGCCCAAGAAAUACAAGGUCAAUGGAGGCCAGACUGAAAACAGGGUGAAGAACCUGCCUGUUCCAGUCUUCCUCAGACCAGUGGAUGAAAAAGAUGCUUCUAUGAAGCUUUGGUGUGCUGCUGGUGUGAAUCUCUCUGGAGGUAAAACCAGAGACGGCGGUUCCAUUGUUGGAGCCAGUGUGUUCUACAGUGACGUCCCUGGACCUGGAGAACUGAAAAAGAAGUCAGGAUCUCGGAGCAGUCUGGAGAAACUGGACCAAGAUCUACAGGAGCAGCAGGAGGAGCUGCGUCAGCAGGACGAGUUAUCGUCUCUGGUGUGGAUCUGCACCAGCACACAGUCCAUCACCAAAGCUGUGGUCAUCGAUGCCAACCAGCCUGGAAACAUCCUGGAGAGCUUCUUUGUCUGCGACUCUCACGUCCUCUGCAUCGCCAGCGUUCCAGGAGCGAGAGAGACAGACUAUCCAGCUGGUGAGGAGGUGCCUCUCCAACCAGAAGAAGGAGCAGCAGGAGACCUUAGCUCACCACUAACCAGUAGCAGCUCAGCAGGUGGCGACAGCGUCCUCGGAGGCAUCACCGUCGUGGGCUGUGCAGCCGAAGGAUCGGCAGCUGUUCCUCAGUCUGCAGAUGGUUCGGAAAAAGGAGAGAAUCUGAAUGGAGAAUCUGAUUCCAGAGCAGCAGCAGAAGAAGCCACGGAGGCGACCGAGGGCAGCAGCGGAGUUCCUGACCACAGUGGCGCUCUGAGGGGAGUCUACACUGAACACGUCUUCACUGACCCACUGGGCGUCCAGCAGACUUCAGAAACAGCAGCAGGAUCCACUCAGAGAGAGAGGAACCUGCUGAAGGAUGGUCUGAGUUCAAACUCCACUGCAGAGGAGCAGGACUUGAUGAGAGAGGAGGCGCAGAAGAUGAGCAGCGUUCUGCCAACCAUGUGGCUGGGUGCUCAGAAUGGAUGUGUGUACGUGCACUCGUCUGUGGCCCAGUGGAGGAAGUGUCUCCACUCUAUUAGACUGAAGGACUCUGUGCUUGGCAUCGUUCAUGUGAAAGGAAGAGUGCUGGUUGGUCUCUCUGAUGGAACCUUAGCCAUAUUCCACAGAGGAGUGGAUGGACAGUGGGACCUGACCAACUACCACCUGAUAGACCUGGGCAGACCCCACCACUCCAUCCGCUGCAUGACUGUGGUCCACGACAAGGUGUGGUGUGGCUACAGGAACAAGAUCUAUGUGGUGCAGCCCAAGGCCAUGAAGAUAGAGAAGUCCUUUGACGCUCACCCUCGUAAGGACAGUCAGGUGCGUCAGUUGGCCUGGGAUGGUGACGGUAUCUGGGUGUCCAUCAGACUAGACUCGACCCUCAGGCUGUUCCACGCUCACACCUUCCAGCACCUGCAGGACAUUGACAUUGAGCCCUACGUCAGCAAGAUGCUCGGAACUGGGAAACUGGGCUUCUCAUUUGUGAGGAUCACAGCUCUCAUGGUGUCGUGUAGUCGUCUGUGGAUCGGCACAGGAAAUGGAGUCAUCAUCUCCGUUCCAAUAACAGAGACCAACAAAAGCCUGAAGGCAGCUGGUCCCCAACCAGGAGGUGUGGUCCGUGUCUACGGGGACGACAGCAGUGACAAAGUGACUGCUGGAACCUUUGUUCCUUACUGCUCCAUGGCUCACGCUCAGCUCUGCUUCCACGGUCACAGAGACGCUGUCAAGUUCUUCACUGCAGUCCCCGGUCUGUCUGUUCCUGCUGCGUCCUUUGGUGGAGACACAGUAGGUGACAAAGUGACAGAAUCGUCAUCUCAGGAAGGAACCAAAUCCAUGUUGGUGAUGAGCGGAGGAGAAGGUUACAUUGACUUCAGGAUGGGUGAUGAGGAUGGAGAAGGAGAAGAAAGAGAAGAACCUCCAGCCAACUUUCAGCCCUUGUUGGCAAAAGCUGAACGCAGUCACCUCAUUGUAUGGCAGGUCAUGGCCAACCAGGACUAAAGUCCGACCUCUGACCACCCCCGCCCCCAUCUGUUCAGCCACUGACAGGGGUCAAUGAUCUUCUGGUCUGGUGGUGGCCAUCAGAACUGUUCAGUUCUUUCUCUCUCACGGUUCUUUCUGACCCAUGUUUUUGUUUUUAACCUUUUUUAUUUUUUAUUUAAUAUGCUUUAAUAUUAUUUGAGCUAAGGUUUAGCAACACUUAGCUGUUGUUGUUUUAGAUCGACUGUUCCUUCACACAGACCACUAAAUCACCUGUACAGGACUAAUAAUCAGGAGACUGAGGUGUCAGAGCCUGAAUCGCUGAUCAAAUGUCUUCUUUUUUUAAAAUGGUUACCAUGCAAAACAAGUCAUUUCAUCAACUUCAAGUUGUCUGUUUCUGUCUAUAUCAAGUUUGCUUUGGUUUCGGUCUAAGCAAAAUGACAGAUUUGUGUUUGUGAGAAAGUAUCUUUAAGAGACAUUACUUUGAUAAACUUGUGAUAAAAAUCAUCAUUCAAAUACAGGUGACGUUUGAUUAAAAGCUCUUAUAAUCAAACGUUAAGUAUAUGAUAAUCUCUAAUUGUUCAAACUUUUGGUUGAGUUUCAAAUAUUUCUUUUUAGUCAGAAAAAACUAUGCAAACCGGUUAAGCAUGCUUGUUUAGGUCUGUUUAUUGUUUUUACUGUUAAAAGCUAAAUUUGUAAAAUAUAUAAAUAAAUAUAAAUUUAAAAAAAUCAUUACAACACUAACAUUUUAUUAAUAUUUAAUGAAGUCUGAAGUCAAAGAUAUAUAUAUAUAUGAUUGGGAGACAUCCCCAUGCUAGCUCUGACUUUAGCAUGCUAUUAGCCAAAAUAAAGAAUUGAAAAUUAAUACAUUUGGACACAGCAUUGUGUUUGUAGACAUUCAAGGAUGCUAAUAGUGAGCUAGCUUUUUUCAUAUAUUUCAAAUAUGUUUUGCAAGGUGAUUAAUAUUUACUAAUAUUAACAUUACCCUUGUCAGCAUGUUAGCAUGAUGGUAUACCAUAAAAUAAAGGUAUACCUGUGUAAAUAUGAACACAAAAUCCCCACAUGCACAUUUGCACACAGCAAAUGAGCUGACAAAUUAGAAUUUGGGUAAUGCUGACUUUCAUUAUUUUGCUCUGUGACCCAAUGGGGCUACAAUGUAGAUAGCAUUUAGCUUAGGAGAUUCCAUUUGGAAUACUAUUCAUUUUAAAUUAAAAAUCACACAUUCUACCGUGUCACAAUGUUGUUUGUGAAACUGGAAAUUUUAGUUCAAAUUUUGAAGUUGUGAGAGGUUAGCAGUGAGAUGCUAUGCAACAGGAUCACUGGCUAACAUAAUAUCCUUGAUAUAUUUUGGUCAACAUUUAAAGACACCAGCUCUAAUAUUCUUUAGAUAUAAAAUUAUUUAAUCUAGUGUUACACAUGAUGGACAUUGAACAUUCACAUUGAACCUCUACUCUCCAUAAACUUUAGAAAAUCUACCUUGGUGUUCCAGGUGUGAUGGCACUGAGACUUUUCAGGUGUGAUGAUGUAUUUAUUUUUUUCCUAGAACAGAAUGUCAAGUUUGCUACCAAAGGUUGAAGGUGGAAGUGUCCACAGUUGGCCCAGUGGUCUACAAACUCUCUGGUGAUUUGCAGCACUUUUUCAGCAGCAGCGUACUCCGUCUGUCCCUGUGCUGUUUUUUGUAACAGAAAUCCUUGCUUGUAUAGAUGAGAUAGUAUAUUUUUAUGACUUUUUGAAAUACUUUCAGUGUUAGAGAGGAAAGAAUGUGUAUGAGAUGUUAUGAGCAGAACAUUAAACACUUGAUCUGACUGUCGUUUCACUUUUCUUGUUUUCUCAUUUAUUCAGCAUUUUUGUGUGAAAUUCUCAUGCACCUGAUAAGAAACUGAUUGUUACAAACAAUAUUUUUAAUUUAUUUUGUUUUCUUUGAGGGUCUCUUUGAUGUCAUUUGUGACGUGUGUGUAUUUCACUGCAUAAGGGCUGUCACUUCUCACAAUCUAGUUGUGAAGCACAAUCGCAAUAUGAAGGCUAACACCCUGCCUUGACUGUCAAAAGCUCCAGUGGAGCACGUUCUCUUAUACUGCCCUCACUCAAUGUCAUCACUUUAAGGCAACUAUGAAGCGAUGUCAUUUAACAAUUGUUGUUUGCCUGUUGUAAAAAACAACAAUUUAUUGCCAACAACAAGACAAAUGUACACUUGCUGACAAAAAUGUCGAGUUUUGCUCAAUUUUAUUGUUCUGAAAAAUUGCUUGCAACCAAAAGCAAUGCUCUAUGGCCUUGCCAGCAAAUAAUGCCACUGUGCCAGCGCAACAAUUAGGCCGAACUUCACGUGACUGCUCACUGCUUUCAGCACUUCCUGCUUUUCCAGCCAGAAGCACAAAAAAAUCAUUUCCACACAAAGUUGAUUUCUGUAAAUUAAAGAGUUAAUAUCUGUCCCUCUGUAUCCCUCCAUAACAGGUUCAGUGUUUCACAUAUAAUUGGUUGAAAGUUUGUGAAAGAAGUGACAGUCCAUGUCACACUCAAUGUUAUGCUACUUUCUUAUUUCCAGGUCUAAACUCCUAUGUUUGAUUUUUUUCUUUCUUUCUAUUGUUUUGGAGUCCUGAACCUGCAGUUUAAUCAUUGAUUAUUUCUGGAAAAGCAUCUAUUUUGUGUCAUUGAUGAUUUUUUUCAGUCUCGGUUAGUACAAUAUACAUGCAGUAUCAUCACAGAUGUGUUCCUGGUGUCUGUGCUAGUUUACUGAACUGGUCUGUUCUUUUCCCCUUUCUUGUACUGAGCAGUAUCAGAAGAUUUAGGUUUAUUUUUGUGCAAGUGUAAGUGUGUGUGUGUGUCUGUUGUCUCCAGUUAAGGAGAUUAUUAUUACAUUUCAGCCAUGUCAGUAUUUAUUUACUAUGAAUGAGCCUUGGCUUCUGAAUGUAACUUUGUACAAUAAAAUCAAUAUAUUAAAAAUA